CUCAAACCCCCCUCGAGACUUACCAAACAUCGAUAAACUGCGACUUGAAAUUGCAGACGCUUCAGCCUAUUGAGAAGUGAACAACGACAAAAGUAAACUCGACAUUUCAAAGUCCUUUGAUCACAAACAAAGUAAACAAACAAAAAAAAGUUUCGAGAUUGGCCGGUACCUACCUGAAUAUGACAUCACCCUCCCGAAGCACCUACCGCCCCUGAAACUAAAGCUUCCCCGACAACCACGGACCAACGUCCUCUCUCCCUCCGGACAAAACGCACAUGGUCCGCCGCCUCCCGUGGACGCAUCCACACCUUAAAUUCGGCCACGCCGCCGAAAGCGAAAGCAAAGACAAAUCACGGACGUGGGCUACCUUUACAGCCCUCGCAACCGCAACCACUCCCAUCAGGAACACCAUUGACGACACCGGAACCCGCGAUAUCAGCAGCUACUUCACAAAGACGACGAAAAUGGUCUACCGUACCCCGCGCAGCGGCGGCGGCCGACGGCUUAUGUACAACAGCGGCAGCGGCAGCGGCGGUGGUGGCGGUGGCAGCAGCAGAAAGACGACGCCCUAUACACCCAACGCCGGCGGCGGCAGGACAUCCUCCCCCUCGCCCCCUCCCUCGCAAAAGAAGCGCCUCGACGGUCUGUUCCUCGAAGGGAACUGGUACUGCAAUUGCCAACCGCGUCAAUCCGCCAAAUUCCUACAAGUCAGCAAGAAGACGGCCAACAGGGGCCGGUGGUUCUACACGUGCGAAAAGAGGCGCGGCGGCUGCAAUUUCUUCCUAUGGGCCGAGGACGCGGAAAAUAGGGCCGGGGCGGCGACCAUGACGUUGCCGCCCAUGCCGCAGGACGGUGCCGCUGCCGGUAAUGCUGCUGCUACGCCUCGAGGAACGACUGCUCAGAGUCCGGGUUUGACGCCGCGUACGGCUUCCACCAUCAAGCCUGCUAUGAGAACAGCUCCUUCAACGGCAAUGGAGCCGCCUCCGUCGCCCACGGCGCAACGAAGCGCCGCGAAGCAAAAGUUCAUGGAUACAUAUUUCAAGAACCGACCUGUCCAGGUACCCGAGGAAGAACCAAACGAUCUAAUGGUCACAGACGAGGAAGCCGAGCUCACCACCCCCGCGCAGAGAAAAAGGAAAAGAGUCCUCUUCGACUUUGACUCUGACGACGGCGAGGGGCAGGGGCAGGGAGCUGGUGCCGAUGAUUACGGCCUAGACGACGUUUCCUCGGACGAGGAGAGGGCCAUGACGGAAGCCAUGGAACGCAGCGCCAAGAAGCUUCGCAACGAUGGUGGCGGUCUGCCUUCCACCCCCGCCGCGCAGCGUACGAUCCAGGACGGCGCGCUGCCUACGCCGCAGACCGUCAGCCGAACCCUCUUCCCCGACGCGAAGCGCCGCAAAGUCGACGAGGGUGUCGGCGAGAUCUCACCCGGCAAUGUAUCCUUCUCGACGAGCACGUCGUCAGCUACACUCGGUCGCUCAACAGCGGCAGCGGGACCGGGGCCCGCCUCCUCGCCACCGACCUCGACGCCCCAAGAAGAGCAACUCGAUCCAACAGAGGAAGUCAUGGCCCUACUCCGCGACCAACAAAAAGGCGGCGGCGGAGGCGGCAUAGACGACGCCACCGCGCGCGCUGUCAAAGCCGUGCUGGGCCGGUUCGCGAUGAAGGCGAAAGGCCUGGCACGGGGCCGGGACACGGUACGGACGGCGCUCAAGGCCAAGGACGAGAAGAUUGCGGAGCUGCAGGAGCGGGUUGCGAGUCUCGAGGCCAGGGCGAGAACGCAGAGGGAGCAGAUUGCGGAUUUCAAGGCUGGUAUGAUGGACUUGUACUCGAAGCACUGAAAACCUCGACAAGCCCGCAUCGGUUUGCUUUUCCCUUUGGGAUAUUGUUUUGGUGUUGUUGUCAUUACUGGGAAAAGGUUGGUCGCGGAGGAAAGGAGGAGAGACCUCGGAUGAAACUCGGAUACAGUGAGCCGGCCAGACCAGCCAGCCACUUCAUGAAAUGCGGGCUCCCAUGGUCUUUUGUUGGAUGAAGAAGGUAUUUUGAUGGAUGGAGUUUGGAAUUGAGGAUACCCCCC